CUCUCCAGAUGUCUUCCAAUAAGGACCAAGUUUUUAUCCCAAUGUCACAAAGAAACACCAGUGGCCUCUCCAGGAUGACCUCCAAACACCUGAAGUCAUUUACUGAAGGAACUGUGUUAAGUUUUCAUAACAUCUGCUAUCGUGUAAAAGUGAAGAGUGGCUUUCUACUUGGUCGAAAACCAGUUGAGAAAGAAAUACUAACGAAUAUCAAUGGGAUCAUGAGAUCUGGCCUCAACGCCAUUCUGGGACCCACAGGUGGAGGCAAAUCUUCGCUGUUAGAUGUCUUAUCUGCAAGGAAAGAUCCACAGGGCCUAUCUGGAGACGUUUUGAUAAAUGGAGCACCUCGACCUGCCAAUUUCAAAUGUACCUCAGGUUAUGUGGUACAGGAUGAUGUUGUGAUGGGAACUCUGACAGUGAGAGAAAACUUGCAGUUCUCAGCAGCUCUUCGGCUCCCAACAACUAUGACAAAUCAUGAAAAGAAUGAACGAAUAAACAAGGUCAUUCAAGAGUUAGGUCUGGCUAAAGUGGCAGAUUCCAAGGUUGGAACUCAGUUUACCCGCGGGGUAUCUGGAGGAGAAAGGAAAAGGACAAGUAUUGGAAUGGAGCUUAUUACAGAUCCAUCCAUCUUGUUCCUGGAUGAGCCCACAACCGGCUUAGACUCAAGCUCAGCAAAUGCUGUCCUUUUGCUCCUGAAGAGGAUGUCUAAACAGGGAAGAACCAUCAUCUUCUCCAUUCAUCAGCCUCGUUAUUCCAUCUUCAAGCUGUUUGACAGCCUCACCUUGUUGGCCUCAGGAAGAGUGAUAUUCCACGGGCCUGCUCAGGAGGCCCUGGGGUACUUUGCAUCAGCUGGUCACCACUGUGAGCCCUAUAAUAACCCUGCAGAUUUCUUCCUGGAUGUCAUUAAUGGAGACUCCUCUGCUGUGAUAUCAAACAGAGAGGAUGAAGAUGGUGAAGCCAAGGAGACUGAAGAGCCGUCCAAGAGAGAUAAGCCACUCAUAGAAAAAUUGGCUGAGUUUUAUGUCAACUCCACUUUCUUCAGAGACACAAAAGCUGAGUUAGAUCAACUCUCAGGGGUUCAGAAAAAGAAGAAGAGUGUAGUCUUCAAGGAGCUCACCUAUGCCACCUCCUUCUGUCAUCAACUCAAAUGGAUUGCCAAGCGUUCGUUCAAAAACUUACUGGGUAAUCCCCAGGCUUCUAUAGCUGAGAUAAUUGUAACAAUCUUCCUGGGACUGAUCAUAGGUGCCAUUUUCUAUGAUCUUAAAAGUGAUCCUAUGGGAAUCCAGAAUAGAGCUGGCGUGUUCUUCUUUCUGACAAAUAACCAGUGUUUCAGCAGUAUGACAUCUGUGGAGCUCUUUGUGGUCGAGAAGAAGCUCUUUAUACAUGAAUAUAUCAGUGGUUACUACAGAGUGUCAUCUUAUUUCUUUGGAAAACUGUUAUCUGAUUUACUGCCCAUGAGGAUGUUAACAACUAUUAUAUUUACGUGUAUAACAUACUUCUUCUUAGGAUUGAAACCAGUGGUGGAGUCCUUCUUCAUCAUGAUGUUUACUCUCAUGAUGGUGGCUCAUUCGGCCAGUUCUAUGGCACUGGCCAUAGCAGCAGGUCAGAGUGUGGUAUCUGUAGCAACACUUCUCAUGAACAUCACGUUUGUGUUUAUGAUGAUCUUUUCCGGGCUGUUGGUCAAUCUCAGAACCGUUGUGCCGUGGCUGUCAUGGCUUCAGUACUUCAGCAUUCCUCGAUACGGCUAUGCAGCUUUGCAGCAUAAUGAAUUGUUGGGACAGAACUUCUGCCCAGGACUCAAUGUAACAGCAAACAAUACCUGUAGCUUUGCCAUCUGUACCGGCGAGGAAUACUUGAUAAACCAGGGCAUCGACCUCUCACCUUGGGGCAUGUGGAAGAAUCACGUGGCCUUGGCGUGCAUGACUGUUAUCUUCCUUACAAUUGCCUACCUAAAGUUGUUAUUUCUUAAGAAAUUUUCCUAAAUUCCUCUCUGAUUUACAUAAUUUUUCUACAC